AUGGCGGGCGAGUUCAUUCGAGUUACUGCAAGAGUACGUCCGUCAGCAUGUACUCGCAAUAGCGAGCGAAUAACUAACGUACUCGAUGAGAAAAACUUAUGCUUCAACCCACGUAACCCCAGAAUUUCACAUUCGAUGCAAGUCUUCAGUGAAACGGUUCCACAGGAGCAAGUGUUUGAAGAGGUCGCCAGCCGUAUCAUCGAUGGAUGCGUGAAUGGCUUCAACGGCACCAUAUUCGCAUACGGCCAAACCGGCUCCGGGAAAACGCACACCAUGCUUGGACCGUCUCAGGUCGACAACUUCAUUGUAAAUCCUGAGCAUCGCGGUCUAGAUUCCUCGAGCUUGUGA